UCCAAAUGGAGAGUGGUCUUUUUUCUCAUCUAUUGAAUCUCAGAGUUUGCCGUGUUGCGCGGCCCAAGGGAAGACCACAUAGAACACACAGAAUGCUACGACCAUCGAACGUUCCAAGCGGCAGUUUUGUAGAUGGGAAUCGAUGUUUCCACUUUGCCUUUUAAGAUAAAUAACUUUUUUGAAGAGAAACGGUGAAUGUGCGAAGCGGUGGAGACCUCCGGAUCACGAAAUGUUGGGAUGGAAGGUGCAGACUUUGACUCGCCGUCUCCAACAGGAGUAUGAAGUACUUUACGGGUGUGAGAUCACCGAGAGUGAAACUUUGUUGCCUUGGGACAUUACUACACGCUUUCGGGGAAAUAUUAUAACGUGUAAUAGCGCGAAGUCUCCGCAACAUGGCCUCGGCUGCUAAUGCCUCCUCCGAGCAGGAAAACAGGGACCCCGAUCGGCCGAGGAUAACGCGGAGGAACAGGGGGAACUAUCGCACAACAGCGCCGGAUUUGGAGUAUUUGCAGCGACCAAGUUACUGCGAUGCAGCUUUCGCCUUGGAGCAAAUAUCCGAGGGGAAGGCGACUGGAAGAAAAGCACCGCUGUGGCUGAGAGCGAAGUUUCAGAGACUCUUGUUUAAGUUGGGCUGUUACAUACAAAAGAACUGCGGAAAGUUUUUGGUUGUGGGCCUCUUGAUAUUCGGAGCUUUCGCUGUUGGCUUACGGGCGGCGAAUCUGGAAACCGACGUGGAGAAACUCUGGGUAGAAGUGGGCGGCAGGGUGAAUCAGGAGCUGAAGUACACGCGUCAGAAGAUGGGCGAGGAGGCCAUGUUCAGUCCCCAGCUGAUGAUCCAGACGCCGCGGCAGGAGGGCGCCAACGUGCUCACUGUGGAGGCGCUGCAACAGCACCUGGAUUCAGCUAUCAGGGCCAGCCGAGUGCACGUUUACCUCUUUAACAGACAAUGGAAAUUGGAACAUUUAUGCUACAAAUCAGGAGAACUUGUUACCGAAGCUCAUUUUAUGGACCAGAUUAUUGAGAAGCUGCACCCCUGUCUCAUCAUCACGCCCCUGGACUGUUUCUGGGAGGGAGCCAAGCUCCAGUCUGGAAUGUUCUACCUCCCUGGAAAGCCCCCUCUGCAGUGGACCAACUUUGACCCCAAGGAGUUCCUGACGGAGCUGCGGACUCUGAAGUUCCAGGUGGACAGCUGGGAGGAGAUGCUGGAGAAGGCUGACGUGGGACACGGCUACAUGGACCGACCCUGUCUCAACCCCCAAGACCCCGACUGUCCCCUCACGGCUCCCAACAAGAACACCACCAAGCCCUUUGACGUGGCUCGCGUCCUGACUGGCGGAUGCCAUGGCCUCUCCAGGAAGUACAUGCACUGGCAGGAAGAGCUGAUCGUAGGGGGGACCACCAAGAAUGGCACUGGACCACUACUCAGUGCCCAGGCAUUACAGACCAUGUUCCAGCUGAUGACUCCUAAGCAGAUGUUUGAGCACCUGAAGGGUUAUGAAGAGGUGUCCCAUAUCAACUGGAACCAAGACAAGGCUGCAGCCAUACUGGAGGCCUGGCAGAGGAAAUACUCAGAGGCAGUACAGCAGAGUGUAGCCGUCAACUCGUCUCAGAAGGUGUUGUCGUUUACCACCACCACUCUGGAAGACAUCCUCAAGUCUUUCUCUGAUGUCAGCGUCAUACGAGUGGCCAGCGGCUACCUGCUGAUGUUGGCCUAUGCGUGUCUGACCAUGCUACGUUGGGACUGUGCUAAGUCUCAGGGAGCUGUAGGACUGGCCGGUGUCCUGUUGGUGGCGCUGUCUGUGGCUGCAGGCCUGGGGCUCUGCUCUCUGUUGGGCAUAUCCUUCAACGCUGCCACCACACAGGUGCUACCAUUCCUGGCACUGGGUGUGGGUGUGGAUGAUGUGUUUCUCCUGGCCCACGCGUUCAGUGAGACGGGACAGAACAAGAAGAUCCCCUUUGAGGACCGUACGGGGGAGUGUUUGAAGAGGACAGGAGCAAGUGUAGCUCUCACCUCCAUCAGUAACGUCACUGCCUUUUUCAUGGCAGCCCUCAUCCCAAUACCUGCCCUACGAGCCUUCUCUCUGCAGGCUGCGGUGGUGGUGGUGUUUAACUUUGCCAUGGUACUGCUCAUCUUCCCUGCCAUCCUCAGUAUGGACCUGUAUCGCAGAGAGGACCGGCGCUUUGACAUCUUCUGCUGCUUCUACAGCCCAUGUGCUAACAGGGUGAUCCAGAUCGAGCCCCAGGCUUACCUGGAUGGAGCAGACGGCAGUCACUACAGCCCCCCUCCUACCACCUUCCGCACCCCCCCUCCCUCCUACAGCAGCCAUGGUUUCUCCCAGCAGACUCAGAUCACCAUGCAGUCUACCGUCCAGCUGAGGACAGAGUACGACCCCAGGACUCAGGCCUUCUACACUACGGCCGAACCCAGGUCCCAGAUCUCCGUACAACCGUUUACACCCGCAGCCACCGGCCCCGCCAACAACCCCAACGCCAGUCACGGUGUUCAUGGCAACAACAACCACCAUAGCAACCAUCACAGCCGGAGUGGGAGUAGCAGUAGUCACGGCAACCUGAACAACAACAACGGUGGGCGUGGUUCCGGCUCAGUCCCGUUCCCUCCUCCCCCGUCCUCCUCUGGCGUUCCCCCUGUCUCCCCCCAGGCGGGGGAGGGGGUGUGUGUGUCGGGGGAGAGUGCCAGCUCCACCAGGGAUCUGCUGUCCCAGUUUGGAGAGGCCUCUCUGGGGCUGCGCUGUCUGGAGCCCCCCUGCUCCCGAUGGACCCUGGCCUCCUUCGCAGAGAAACACUACGCCCCCUUCCUACUGCAGCCCACCACCAAGGUGGUAGUCAUCCUGCUGUUCCUGGUCCUGCUGGGGGUCAGUCUGUACGGGACCACACGGGUACGGGACGGGCUGGAGCUGACCGACAUUGUUCCCAGGGAGACCAGCGAGUACGACUUCAUCGGGGCCCAGUUCAAGUUCUUCUCCUUCUACAACAUGUACGUGGUGACCCAGCGGGCGGAGUACUCCCAGGCCCAGCCCCUGCUCUACCAGCUGCACUGUCGCUUCAACACGAUCCACUACGUACUGAGGGAGGACAACGGCCAGCUGCCACUCAUGUGGCUCCACUACUUCAGGGACUGGCUGCAAGGUCUGCAGGCAGCGUUUGAUCAGGACUGGGAGGCGGGUCGGAUCACACAGAGCAGCUACAGGAAUGGUUCAGACGAUGGGGUCCUGGCCUACAAACUACUGGUACAGACCGGACGCAGGGACAAGCCCAUCAACUUCAACCAGCUGACGAGGCAGCGCUUGGUGGAUGCGGAUGGCAUCAUCAACCCGGGGGCGUUUUACAUCUACCUGACGGCGUGGGUCAGCAACGACCCGGUGGCGUACGCAGCCUCGCAGGCCAACAUACGGCCACACCCCCCGGAGUGGCUCCACGACCGCACAGACUCCAUGCCCGAGACACGCCUCAGCAUUCCUGCCGCCGAGCCCAUCGAAUACGCACAGUUUCCCUUCUACCUCAACGGGCUCCGCGAGACCCCCCAGUUUGUGGAGGCCAUCGAGUCGGUGCGGGCCAUCUGCAGUAACUACAGCCGCCAGGGCCUGCCCAGCUACCCCAACGGCUACCCCUUCCUCUUCUGGGAGCAGUACGUAGGCCUCAGACACUGGCUGCUGCUCUCCAUCAGCGUGGUGCUAGCCUGCACCUUCCUCGUCUGUGCCCUCUUCCUGCUCAACCCCUGGACCGCCGGUAUCAUCGUCCUGGUCCUCUCUCUGAUGACCGUGGAGCUGUUUGGUAUGAUGGGGCUGAUAGGGAUCAAGCUCAGUGCUGUUCCUGUGGUCAUCCUCAUCGCCUCUGUGGGCAUCGGAGUAGAGUUUACUGUCCAUGUGGCUCUGGCAUUCCUCACAGCGAUAGGGGACCGUAACAGGCGGGCAGUGCUGGCGUUAGAACAUAUGUUUGCUCCGGUUUUGGACGGAGCCUUCUCUACUCUACUAGGAGUCCUCAUGCUAGCAGGCUCCGAGUUUGACUUCAUCGUCAGGUAUUUCUUUGCUGUGCUGGCCAUCCUGACAGUUUUGGGGGUGCUGAAUGGUUUGGUCCUUCUUCCUGUGUUGCUGUCCUACUUCGGCCCCUAUCCAGAGGUGACCCCUGUGGAUGGGCAUAGCCAGUUACCCACCCCUUCCCCGGAGCCUCCUGCUCACGUGGUCCGCUUCUCAGUCCGCCCACGCCACACCACCUCCGGCACGGGGACAGGAACGGGCUCUGACUCGUCCGACUCUGAGUACAGCUCCAACACCACGGUAUCAGGCAUCAGCCAGGAGAUGCAGCAGUACGACCUCCCUGCCACUAGGGGCAGAGCUGGGAGAACAGAGGACAUGCAGUACGGCAUCCAGACCAGCAGGGGCAGAGCUGUUAGAACAGAGGAGGUGCGACUAGGAGCAGGGCCAAGAAGGACAGCUAGACAAGGAGACGGAACAGCCUAUUCUGUGUCUUCUUCGGUCCUGCCGGAGUCAGGGGCUCACCCUGGUGCAUCCCGUCGCUUCAGCAAAAGGGACCUACAGUCGCUGCCCCCAUCACGCCCGCGCAUGGACGCUUUUGAAACUGCUACUGAGGCCGGAGGCCAUUACAGCUCCGGAGGCCAUUUUGGCUCGGGCGGCCACAGAGAACGCUCCGCGGGGCACAGGACCCGUCCAUCCCACAACCCCCGGCCCAAUCACCACCAACCUCACCACCCUAACCCUAACCCCACCCCUACUUACUGUCAGCCAAUCACCACGGUAACGGCCUCUGCGUCGGUUACCGUCGCCGUCCACUCUGCCCCUCCCCCCACUCAGAGCCCCACUUCCUCUUACCCAGGACACACUGCAGCAAACAGUUACCACACAGCAGGCGGCGCAGAGCCGGUGCCUGCCUUCCAGGACCCCCAUGUGCCACUGGAGGUCCAUAUCAGCCGCAGAGGAACCAAGAUGGAGGCCAUGGAGCUCCAGGAUGUGGAGUGUGAGGCAGCUGAGAGCGACAGUGGCAAGAGGGCAAGCUGAGUGGAGGAGAGCAGAAGUACAACGGCCAAAGACGGACUCCCUCUCUCACUCAGCGGCCCAUAGCGCAGCGACACACAGGACCCAGUGGUGGCUAGCGCCCUUGGUGCUCAAUCUGACUGGAACCCAGUGGAUGUUUGUUUCAGAUAUCUCUAUCCAUAUUUAAAAGAUGUACACUCAUGUAAAUAUGAAAACAAAAAUAGCUAUAAUUUAGGAGCUGUUCAACUCCUUUUUUAACAGACUGGGGACGUCAUUUUGUAUGGCGUGUGUGUGUGUGCGUGCGUGCGUGCGUGCGUGCGUGCGUGUGUGUGUGUGUGUGUGUGAAAUCUCUGAUUACUGUUCACUCAUCUGUGGAUCUGUGCCAUGAGGAAAAUUCAUCUGGACAAUACAUUUCAGCAUUCAUUGUUGCUGCUUAAGAUAUUUCGGUAGUGAUGUAUGAUAACUGUGUACAUUAACUUGUCUAAUAAUUCUAUGCAAAUGUUUCUUUUACGUUAUAAAAGAGGUGAGCGAGUGUGCAAAGGUGAUUGCGUGUUUGCGCGCGUGGGUAAAUCAUCAGAUCCAUCUCUCAAGAAAUAGGCUAACGAUCACGUCAUGUGAAGCGUUACACAAUAACUACACGGAGAUUGUGUGUGUACGUGUGUGUGUGUGUGUUUGUGUAUAAAGGUCCGCUUUUUUUUUAAUUUUUUUUUUACGAUUAAUUUGCUUAUCACAAACCUGUGGUAGUUAUGAAACAAUUACUGUUGAACUCUGACUCACGCUAUGCGUGCUAUUUAAGACGAGCAGAUUAUGAAGAAGAUAUGUUGUUUGUGACUGUCCCUGCGUAGUAGCUUCCGCAUCGUCUCUGCUCUGAGCUCUUGUGUUGCUGUCUGGUUGUCUGGGGAUUGUUUUACUGUAAAAGGCCAUGCGUGCCUUUGGCUGUCCCUCGGACUCAAUUGCCCAUCUCCCCUUUUCUCUGGUGAUGUCAUAGCUCUCGGCAGCCAUCUUAUAGUAGCAUGAGUGGGCGUGAAAGUAUCACUCCCGUAGCUAAUGCAUAUUACAGUUGGAGUAGAAAAUCCAUGGUAGCUAGUCAAAGCCAUUAUGGAGGAUAUUUUUUUCCUUCUUUUUUUUCUUCUAUCUCGUGAAUGCAACUUCUGUUAUUCUAACUGUAAAUAUACAGUUUUCGUCAACAGUUUGGACACACCUACUCAUUCAAGGAUUUUCUUUAUUUGUACUAUUUUCUACAUUUUAGAUAAAUAGGGAUACAUCCAAACUGUGAAAUAACACAUUAGGAAUCACGUAGUAACUCAAAAAGGGUUAAACAAAUCCAAAUAUAUUUUAUAUUUGAGAUUCUUCAAAGUAGCCACCCUUUGCCCUGAUGACAGCUCUCACACAUUCUCUCAACCAGCUUCACCUGGAAUGCUUUUCUAACAGUCUUGAAGGAGUUCCUAAAUAUACUGAGCACUUGUGGGCUGCUUUUCCUUCACUCUGUGGUCCACGUCAUCCCAAACCAUCUCAAUUGGGUUUAGGUUGGGUGAUUGUGGAGGGCCGGUCAUCUGAUGCAGCACUCCAUCACUCUCCUUGGUCAAAAAGCCCUUACACAGCCUGGAGGUGUGUCGGGUCAUUGUCCUGUUGAAAAAUAAAUGAUAGUCCCACUAAGCACAAACCAGAUGGGAUGGCGUAUUGCUGCAGAAUGCUGUGGUAGCCAUGCUGGCUGGUUAAGUGUGCCUUGAAUUCUAAAUGAAUCACUGACAGUGUCACCAGCAAAGCACCCCACACACCAUCACACCUCCUCCUCCAUGCUUCACGGUGGGAACCACACGUGGAUAUAAUCCGUUCACAUACUCUGCGUCUCACAAAGAUAGAGCGGUUAGAACCAAAAAUGUCAAAUUUGAACUCAUCAGACCAAAGGACAGAUUACCAACGGUCUAAUGUCCAUUGCUCGUGUUUCUUGGCCCAAGCCAGUAUCUUCUUUUUAUUGGUGUCCUUUAGUAGUGGUUUCUUUGCAGCAAUUUGACCAUGAAGGCCUGUUUCACACAGUCUCCUCUGAACAGUUGAUUUUGAUAUUAGUCUGUUACUUGAACUCUGUGAAGCAUUUAUUUGGGCUGCAAUUUCUGAGGCUGGUAACUUUAACUUAUUCUCUGCAGCAGAGGUAACUCUGGGUCUUCCUUUCCUGGUUUUUGCGACUGCACUUGAAGAAACUUUCAAAGGUCUUGAAAUUUUACGAAUUGACUGACCGUCAUGUCUUUAAGUAGUGAUGGACUUUUGUUUCUCUUUGUUUAUUGGAGCUGUUCUUCCCGUAAUAUGGACUUGGUCUUUUACCAAAUAGGGGUAUCUUCUGUAUACCACCCCUACCUUGUCACAACACAACUGAUUGGCUCAAACGCAUUAAGAAGGAAAGAAAUUCCACAAAUGAACUUUUAAUAAGGCACACCUGUUAAUUGAAAUGCAAAGGGUGGCUACUUUGAAGAAUCAAAGAUAUAAAAUAUAUUCAGAUUUGUUUAACACUUUUUUGGUUACUACGUGAUUCCAUGUGUGUUAAUUUCAUAGUUAGUUUUGAUGUCUUCUACAAUGUAGAACACAGUCAAAAUGAAGAAAAACAUUUGAAUGAUUAGGUGUUUCCAAACUUUUGACUGAUACUGUCAUACUAUCUCUAGUGAUAAGCUACACCUAGGAUACUACCCUACUCAGCCUGACACUUGACUGCAUUACACGUUUCAUUCACAAGAAAGUCUUGCUCUCUCUCCAUCCCCCUCUUUCUUCCUCUUCGUCCAAUAAGCUGCCCGUCCAGAGAGCUAAAGGGUUAAGCACUAUCUGGUCUAACAAUACUGUGUGUGUAUGUGUGUGUCUGUCUGUGUGUCCGUCUUCCUCUCUCUCUGUCCUCCUCAGUGACAGCAAAGACAACUGGCCCUAAUUUAGCCCAGCCGUCCCUACUGACCUCACCUCGUAAAAAUCCAAAACAUAACGCCAUGACACUAAUUGGAAGUUCCCCCUCAACUGCCAAAUGGCACAGGCCAGAGCCUCAGGGGUCAGGGUUCACCAAGCCACCCCCCCACGAUCAGCCCGGUGUGUGAGUGUGUCAAUCGCGUCUUGUCUAGCUCCCCCAUACGCCACCCACCCUCCCACUCACACACAUAUCCCGACCCCCCCUAACCUUCCAUACACACAGACUUCCUGUCCAACACGUGUAGCUACGUGUGUCAUUUUCUCCCAGAAGUCUUAACUGUGUCGUUAGUAUCCCCCUCCAUUGUCCAUAUGUCGUGUCAGCUGCUUGUGUGAAAAUCUUUUUUUCCAUUUGUUGGUUUAUUUGUUUUUAUUUUCUCCUGAUGUCACAUUGGCAGUAAUGGAGAGAAAUCAUGGCGGGCAACUAUUUUCUUCAUUUUUGAAAUGUUUUUUUUUUUUUUCGACGUUUGGAUUUGCGAUAUUUAUAUUUUUUGUGUUAUAAGAUGUUUUUUUGUGUUUGUUUUUGUUUUCUUUCGUUAUUGGUCAUCAAUGCCAGUGGAUAACAAAUGCAGGGAUUUUUUUUAACGUCUAUUGAGAAACACUAUUACAGUUAUUGUUUUGACAUGAAUGGUGUUUCGAUCUGUACAAAGUGCUUACUAAUGUUAAGUAGGGAAACAAGAGUAUAUAGCAUUUACACUACAAGACUCACCGUAGCUCUUAGAGGAUUCUAAAAGGAAAGAACAUCUAUGAUUUUCUGUAGACUUCCAUUUGGUCUUUGUUUGGCGAGGAUAUAUAUUGUUUCAGUUACAAAGAUAAAUGUAUGCCAUAUCAUUUAUUUAUAUGAAAAUUUAUUUUUGUAGUAUACAUAGUAGUUGUCAAGUUAUUUUGACGGAAGUAUAUUUUUAAAGAGUUUAUAUGUAAUGAAACCAUAAGCAGAGAAAAUCCUAAGGUGGACUCUUACACUGAUGACAUUGACAGUCAGUAUUAUCUAUCAUAGGGGAGAGAAAACUCAGCAAGCUGUUUGUAUGGGUUUGUCAAAGGCUGGCCAUGAAAGUAGAAGUUGUACCAGCUCUCUAAAUAUUAAAUGUUCAAACACUGAUAGAAUUCUAACAAAUAAAAAAAAAGAUUAUAACUUA